AUGGAGGAUGUAACAUCAGAUGGACCGGAGGAGUCCGGAGUGGACGUUGUGGUUCGCCCUCCCGCAGAUGGCCUUUUAGUCGGUAGAGGUUUACUCACACGCCAUUUCGGAAACAAAUCUCUCUAUUUCUUGGCGGUUGCAUCAGUGAGUGUUAUCACUGUGGUGGUAUUGCUGCAGAGCAAUGGGGUGGUAUUGCUGCAGAGCAAUCGGGACGUGGAUUGUACGAUGAGGAGUGGCCAUUACGAUGUUUCUACUUGCGAUCAGCACGCUCAUGAUAUAAAUGGCAUGCUGAAGGAAGAGGAGGUUUUAGUCAAAACUAUACUAUCCGAAGGUGGUUCUACAGCCGGUGUUUUUGCUGUAGAAAAAACACUUGGUGAGAUCGGUUUUAAAAGUCCAGACGUCACAGCGAGCACGAGUGUAACAUGCGUGGAUGGUGAGUAUUCUUUCUCACUUUCAGGAAACGGUUUAUUUGCGAGCGAAGUUCUUGAGGACAAACUUCCCAACAACUGUCACAUUACAGGAUUAGGUUACUAUGCGGAUGCGCCGUGUGACGAUAAUCCAGGCGUAGGGUUGUGCGACAGCGGCAUAUGGCCAGUCGACGCUUCGACGUGCCAAGCUUUGGAGGAGGCACAAGACGUUCUCAAUACAGUCGGGGUCGACGGAGAUAGUUACGCAGCGGCUAUUACUACCUAUUGUGGGCAAAAGGGCCAGAGAAACUUGAUACAAACUUGUGGCGAUGGUUAUAAGGCGGGUUGUUUUGGGGCAGCGUCGAACUUUGUAAAUGUUAGAAAUAGAAAAUAG